GGUAGCGGGGGCCAGAGGCUCCAGAUGUUUUGUCAAGUUCACCGGUAGAUAUGAGUGCUGCAGAACUGUCUGCAUAAACAGUGAGUCCAAGACGAGGGCAAUCAGAAGUAUCCCAAGCCCUGAGCACAUCUCGGCCUCUUGUUUGACGGCCACGGGCCGUUCUGCCAGUGUGUUUUUUUUUUUUUUUUUUUUCAGUUUCUACAGCUUGCGUACCAACAGCUGUUAGAAGCAUGAGAGAAGACCUGGCCUGUCCUGAUUCCCCCGAGGGAAGCCUGGUAGUCAGUGAAGAAGAACUAGACAGGAUUCAGAAGAAGUGCGGCAAUCGGAAAAGGGUGCCCUACAAAAAGGAGAGCGAAGAUGGUGGCAGUCCCAGCCAGGUCCCGUCUGGCCCUAAACGACCCAAGAAAAGCUUGUCAACUUCCACAAACCAGUCAUUCGAAGAUCUCCACACCCAGAGGGUGAUUGCCAAUGUACGGGAACGUCAGAGAACGCAAUCCCUGAACGACGCCUUCGCCUCUCUCCGAAAGAUCAUCCCUACGCUGCCCUCCGACAAACUCAGCAAGAUUCAGAUCUUGAAGCUGGCAUCCCGCUAUAUUGACUUCCUCUACCAAGUGCUCCAAAGUGACGAGAUGGACAGCAAGCUGGCCAGCUGCAAUUACCUGGCCCAUGAGAGGCUCAGCUAUGCAUUCUCAGUCUGGAGGAUGGAGGGCGCCUGGUCUAUGUCCACAUCCCAUUAGCGGACACCUGUGCCAGGACUUAAUGAACUGAAAACCAAAAGAUGCCUGGAUGGUCUCCUGAGAAGGCAGCAGUUGACCCCAACAAAGAAACCAGAAGAGAAACACGCCAAAAACAACAGCAAACUAAAGCACCCAAGACGUCACUUGCUGCCUAUCAAAGGACACAACCAGACAAACACAAAGGAGAUUUUCAAAGUCAGGAAGAAUAAAGAAAAUCUGUCUAAAUUUUGUGACCAGUGGGCCCAAGUAGAUUCAGCUGAGCUGCCCACCCCCCGUGGUGCCCAGGUGACAGGAGCCUGACGUGAAACGUUUUUUCCCCGACUGGCCCGCACUCCACCUCAAAGGACAAAAGCUUUCCAAUCCCGAAGUGCAGUCUUAGCUGAAUGGGAACUGCCUUUUAUUAUAUCAUUGAUUUGUUUUCCACACAGUUUUCUCCAUUUUUUUUUUGUUUUAUAUUUUGUAUUGCUUAAAGCUUGAUUGUUGCGUAAAUGAACUCCUGGGAGUGACGGUCCGCCGGGCGGCCUUGAUGUUUUAUGGCUCUUAGCCAGUUGCCUCCACUUCUCUCUUUCGCUGCCUUUGUCUCUGUCUAUUGCUCACUCCUUCUGCUUCACUCUCUUCCCUGAGACUGGACGUUUCAUGGAAACCGCCUUAUGGUAUCAAGCUGUUUGAGAAUCUUCAUUUUCUAGAAAGAUUUGCACAAAACAAGUUUGAAGAAAGAAAAGAAAAAAAAAGAAAAGCCCCCUGCUGAAGCAGCAAUCAGGGUAAAUGGUUUGUAACCACGCUAAUUCUGCUUGGGGCUCCUCCAGAAUUCACAUUCCCCUUCCUAGAGAGUUGAAGGAGUGAUGGAGAGAAAUAUUAUGGCAAAUAAUGACUGCUCUUUGUGUGGGCGGGAGUCGGUCGAGUGAGCGUUCAUACCACUAGACGAGUUGUGUCUCCUUUUAGUAUUUCCCAGCAUGCUGCACAAGUUAACCAAACCAAGGGCUUUAAGAGGCAAUUGCAUAAAUAAAUAAAUAAAAAGUUAAAACAAAAAAA